CGGGCCGAGUCACGUGUCAGCCAAAGAUGGCCGCGCGCGGGCGAGUUGGGCAAAGGUUGCUGUGAGCCGCAGCGUUGCUGAGGAAGACCGAAGAAGGCACCGACUGCUGGGGGGAGAGCAUAAGGCUCAAGAUGGAAAAUCAUGAACCAGAUGAUACCGUCAAGGAAAAAAUUUUUGAUAUCAUAACCAGAAAAAUUAACCAACUUCCAGAAGCAGAAAGGAAUCUCCUUGAAAAUGGAUCAACAUAUAUUGGACUUAAUGCUGCUCUCUGUGGCCUAAUAGCAAAUAGCCUUUUUCGACGCAUCUUAAAUGUGACACAGGCUCGUAUAUCUGCUGGCUUACCAAUGGCAGUGAUUCCAUUUUUGACGGCACACGCAUCUUACAAAGGUUUUGUAAGUUUACCUUUGAAUACAGGUGAUUUGAACUGUGAAACCUGUACCAUAACACGGGGUGGAGUGGUUGGUCUUGUUUUUGGUGGUCUGUACCCUGUUAUCUUGGCUAUACCUGUGAAUGGUGGCCUAGCAGCCAGGUAUGCGUCAGCCCCACUACCAGAGAAAGGAAACAUCUUAACUUACUGGAUUAGAAUUUCUAAGCCUGUCUUUAGAAAGAUGUUAUUUCCCAUUUUGCUCCAGACUGGAUUUGCAGCAUACCUUGGAUCUAGACAAUAUAAACUACUGAUAAAGGCUCUUCAGUUACCUGAACCUGGCCUAGAAUUUCAGUGAUAAACAAACGUGUACACAAAAAUAAAAUUG